UGCUGCUAACUUCAAAUCAAUGAGUCAGCUGUCAAAAUUUGUGUUUGUCUUUUCUUCAAAAAUCUUUCCUUUCGCGAAAAAAGCACUUUUUCCUGUUUUCUGGUGAAUUUUGAAGCUCUCGGGGGAUAGUUACGUGUUCAGGGAAGAAAGCCAGAGUAUAUAACAAUGGCCUCAGUGGGUGAUCAGUCAGAAGUCACGGUCAAAUCCAAGCGACCUUCAGAUUCCGCCUUCAAGCAGCAAAGACUUCCAGCAUGGCAGCCCGUUCUGACCGCCGGAACUGUCCUGCCCACCUUUUUCAUCAUUGGAAUAGCCUUUAUCCCCGUCGGAGUGGCUCUGUUGUACUUCUCAGACAAUGUCCAGGAGCAUAUUAUUGAUUACACGCACUGCAAGCAGCUGGGCAGCCCCAAUAAUUCCGUGACCUGUGCCAGUGUCAUCAAGGAUGACGGAGGCAAUUGCACUUGUGAGAUUCCCUUCAUGCUCGAGGAGGAUUUCCUGGGCAAGGUUUUCAUGUAUUACGGCCUGAGCAAUUUCUACCAGAAUCACAGGCGCUACGUCAAGUCCAGGGACGAUGAUCAGCUGCUUGGACGUCUCUCUAGUGAUCCCUCCACCGAUUGCAUCCCAUUCGCCUAUGCCGAUGACGGCAAUACCAUCCCAAUUGCUCCCUGCGGAGCCAUUGCCAAUUCCCUGUUCUCGGACACCCUGGAGAUUCACUCCCACGUCAGUGGCAAGGUUCCGCUCCUUCGGACGGGAAUUGCUUGGCCGUCGGAUCGGGAGAUCAAAUUCAGGAAUCCCGAGGGCGACUUGAAGGAAGCCCUGAAGGGAUUUGCAAAGCCCAAAGCCUGGACGAGGAAUCUCUGGGAGCUGGAUCUGGAGAAUCCGGAAAACAAUGGCUUCCAGAAUGAAGAUCUCAUCGUUUGGAUGAGAACUGCAGCCCUGCCCAGCUUCCGGAAACUCUACAGGAGGGUCGAUCACUCCAAUGAACUCUUCACGGCUGGGCUACCCAAGGGAGACUACACGUUGCGGGUCGACUACGCUUAUGCCGUGACGGAGUUUGAGGGCUCCAAGAAAAUGAUUUUAUCAACAACAUCAAUUCUGGGUGGAAAGAAUCCCUUUCUGGGCAUUGCCUACAUUGUUGUUGGGUGCAUUUGUCUCCUUCUGGGAAUAGUGCUAUUGUUUAUUCAUAUCAAAUUUUCGAAAAAUACCACAGAAAUGAUAAAUGUUAAUCCUCGCACCCCUUACACAUAAAAUGCAGAAACAGAGUGUAAAACUUCUUGAAAGAGAGAAAGUCAAAGAUAAAAGUGAUAUCAGAAGUUCACAAACAAAAAAAAAUGCCUUUUUUCCAUAUUGUGAAUGCCAAGUGGAUGUAUUUAAUUCUAAUAACUGUGAGAUAGUGAAAAACACAUUCUAUCUGAGGCGAAUAAUUUAAAAACUCUAUGACACACGCUUUAACGUUACUUUUGUGGACAUCGAAGAUGAAGAUUUAUUUUUUUUCCACUGUUAAUUAUUUUGUUAGAAUCACCCGAUUUUUUUUUAAUGUCUGUAGAUGUGUGUAGUUGUUAAAUAUAUUUGCUGGAGAAAAUAUAAGGUAAAGAAUUUGUGAGAUGACUUGUGGAAAAUAAACAUGUUAAAUAGA